GCUACUCAGGUACCGCCCACAAGCUAUUGGUAAAUUACUCACCGCCUCAACAUACUGCCGGGUUUUCUGUUUCCGGAUGCGAUCCAUCAGCUCAAGUUCUCUGCUUCGUAGCUGUCGCUACACUACUAGACCACCAGUGGCCGUCAAUCGCGUCCAGCACUGUAUUCGGAAAAAUAUUACAACUUCCCUCCUCCAAGCCAGUUGCUUCAUCCUGCCACAAUGCGCGUCCCCGACGAUAUCGCACAAGAAGCCGAAGAACCCCGAAAGCGAACAAGAGUCGGCUCUGUUAACCGUCAAUGCUAUGACUGGAUGGUCAUCACCGGAAACUGCCACUAUGCGCGAGACCAAGCCUCGUUCAAGACGUACCGGCCCGUGUCACGACAAAUAAAAAGCAACAUUUUCAAUCCCUUCGAUGAACUACAAGUGGCAGGAAUAGGAACGGUGGAAUUGGAGCUCUGCAAGAGUCCGCAAGACCUUAGCUCACAUACCGUUCUCCUGGAGAAUGUACUGCAUAUCCCCGAAGCGGUUUGCAAUGGUUUCAGUCCGUUACUGUACGGCACCAGCAUGUCAUGCAAUGAGGAUUGCUGGGUUGGUGGUGAUACCAUGGGAAACCCGGUCUGGUUCAGUACACCUUUUGCUGGAGGGACUAAGUUAGCCCUCGCAGGGAACCCGCAAGGAGAAUCCGAGAUGAUCCAAGGGCGCUACUAUACGCUCUGUUUACGCGUUAGUCCGGAAGAGUGGCAGUCGAUAUUAACACCGGACGAUAUGAAUGGGAUGGAGUCAUGAUCUUGUCCGUUUGGGCGCCUCUAUGUGUAUCUAAUGUAAAAUAACACGAGUUUGAUGUUUAUCAAAGCUUGAUCUGACCUAACUAUAGCCCAUAAUUCUAACCGACAAUGACUCGAUAGAUGCGGGCCAAAAUGCUCUAUAUGAUUACCAUGUAUUCGUUAUCAACACUGGUAUAGUUCUGUAAUGGGUAUAUCGAACAAAAGAAAGCCCUAAAUAUGCAUCCUCCGUGUAGCUGGCCUGUAUCCGGCCUGAAUCAAUCACCAACCAUAUAACGCCUAUGCCUUUUUAACCCAAACAAAGGAAAGUUUUUUUUUUUUUUUUUUUUUUUUU